AUGUCGGCGCCUAAGCCAGUGGAAUUAGCUUGGCUAGCUGCUCCACGGCCUGGACUAAUGGAGGGCUUGAUUACGUCUGGGCUUGUGCCAAAAAAUCAGCAAUUUGUCACACCUGAAAAGCCCAAUCAAAAUUUAAAAUCUCCAAAAAGGGAAGAGCAUCAUGAAAAAAAAACAAAAUUAGCCGGAAGACAGAUAAGCACAGCACAAACCAAGCGACGAGAGUCAACUCUGCAAAUUAAACACGAACCAAAUGAAAUAACAACAUCUCGUUCUCAAAACCCAGCAAAAGUUAAGAGUUUAUUCACGAGUAUCCGUCCGCAAACAGGAUUAGGUGUGUCUUCAAGAAUUAAACCAGAUUCAGAAAAUCCAUUACCUCCAAUUACAGAUCUCAUCUCUACACAGCGAAAAGUUCCUGCUUCUCGUGAAAUACAAUCUCUUUCGAAUCAGUAUCAUCAAUUAAUUGACGGAAUUCAACUAAAUAUCGAAUUACCUCCAGCAGAUCAAGCAAAUCAGAUCUUAGAAACAUCUCAAAACGUAUUUUUGAUAUGGAACAAAGCUAACUCACUUAUACGAAGCUACUCCGAAGAACACACUGUUCUUUUUGUGAAAAUUAAAAAGUUUUUCCAGUCAAGGCUUGAAUUAAUUCCACAGCUCUUCGAACAUUACGAAAAGAGAUUCGUCGAACUCUCGGAUCUAGAAUCCAAAACAAGAAAGGAAAACGAAGAAUUAACUCGAGCUUUAAAAGAAGCAGAGAGAUCCCUUGAACAAAAUACAGCAUUCAACAUGCGCCUUUCAGAAGAACUCGAAGGACGCAAUACACAAGUCGCAGAUCUCAAAAGCGCUUUAGAAACUGCAGAAUAUAAUCGAGAUGCAGCUAUUAGUGAUAAUAAUACUAUGGCAGUUCGAAUGCAGAAGAAUGAAGAGCAAAAGAAUCAAGCGAAACAACUUCUUGCUGAUGCACACAUGAAAAUUGACGAAUUAGAAGGUUUACUUGAAAUGGCCAACGAUAAAAUUAAGGUUUUAGAGAAAUCCGGUGAUGAAUUACUCCCAAGAUUCGCAGAACUUGAACGCGAAAACGAAAAAAUUAAGAAAGAAAACGAAUCUUUGAAAUCAGAUGUAAAACAGUACUUAGUUGAGCCUCAGUAUGUAGAUUUCGAUCAAAUAACUGAUAUGCCUGAAGAGAAUACAAACAGACGUCGAAAGAAAGGCAAAAAAGAUCCUCAUAAAAUGACAAUGACAAGUUCGUCCAAUUUCAAGCUAAACGCAAGCGCAAUGAGUAUGCAACAGUCUUCGACUAAUUUAACUGAUACACAAACUUCAAUUUUCGAUCAAACAGAAAGUUUGAAGCAGAAGAAUAAAAAACCAAGACCGAAAUCACCUCUUAAAUCGGGGACACAAAAUUACUUCAGAAAAGGUCUUGGAGAUGAUAUUCCUGACGAUGCAUCAACAAUUACGAAUUUUGAAGGAUCCACAAAGCUUGAUGAUGACGUAGAAGAGAAGAGUGAACAAGAAAAUACCAAUUUGCUUGACGAAGCUUCUUCAAUUCUGGAAAAAACCGAACAAACUGCAAGAUCUGAACAUAAAAGUGAAGGAGAGCCUGCUAAACCUCCAAAGACACAAUUACCAGCAGAUUAUACUAUCGAUAAUGACCAGCCGCUUGAUACAACAACGAUGAUUAACUAUGUCAACAGAUUAUUACCACUUCCUUUAGGAACUUCUUUAUAUUCUGUACCGGACUUGAAUCAACCAGAGACAAAAGGUAUUUCCGAGCCAAAACCUUUCUUCUGGGUCGCAAGACACAUAAUUUCAUUUUUCCAGACAAUGACGAACACAGACAAUGCAGGAUCAUUAGAUACAGACUGCAAGAGCAUUGUCAGGCAGCAAAUCAUAGAAAAAGGAGGAACUCCUUACGUCGGAAAAAAGAUUUUCCAAGAAUUAAUGAGUUCAACACAGUUUUACAUGCAUUCAUCGCCAUUAGUUCAAUUCUUCUUGAAAUUCAUUAACAAUGAGCUCAAUAUCAUUGAUUUAAUCUUUUUCAAGAUAUUAUUUAACGCAUCUUUCACUUUUAUUUAUCCCAGCAUCUCCAACUUGGAUCUCACCUCAGAUUCCACCCAAUUCCUCAUUCAUUUGAAGAUGGCUCGUCGUUUGCAACAAGCAUUUUUCCCUCAUCUCGACCAAUCAGCGAUUGACGAGCGCCAUUUGCGAGAAGCAACAACAAAAUCACCUUGUGUUGAUCUUGUUGACUUCUGGGCAUUCGCACAGCAGAUGAUUAUGUUUUUCAGGGAGACACACACGAGAUUUCAUCGCCAAGUAUCAGCUCUUCUUUCUUUAGUUGGCUGGACAGGAAUAAACACGAUGACACAAGCUGUUUUCAGUCAGUUCUUCACUAUUAUUCAGCCGAAUAUAACUGAUGAAGAACUCGAAAACUUGUGGAAGAGAUAUUCCUUGGAACAACUGGAAAGAGAAGCACAAGGAACAGUAAAUAACUCGAUGAUUGGACUGGGAAGGAACUCAUCAAGUUAUUUCUCUCUUGGAGAAGGCGGAGGAGGCGAUGAUGUCUUCAAUGAACAAGAACAAACAAAAAUAGGUUUCAUUCAAUUUUGUUCUGAUUGGCCUGAAAUAUCCAGCAACAUUUUGAAGCUUUUCUACAACGAAAACUUAGAAUCACAGCUUACAAAUCUACCACAACCAUUGCUGAUGCUAAUCAAAUACAUGAGAAGCAGAUUCACUCAUUUCUUGAGAGACAUAAAUAAGAAAUUGCCUCCAGAAAACAGAGCAAUUGGUGAGAAGCCAAGAACAGCAUUUAGAAAUGCUUUGGUUCGUUGUGACAUUGGUGAUGCAAUUUCUUGUUACAGAAGAUACUUACAAGUUCUUGAUUUGAAAUUAGUUGAACAAAGACCAUACAUUCAAUUGAUGCAAAACGUAUCAGAGAAUGAAAUUAAAGCUGUGAGAGAUAUGCUGUUUUCAAGAGAAAACCUUGUAUGCACAGAAAUUGGAUUGGCUGUUGAUCCAAUUGAAGAUUAA